CGUGGCGGAGGGGGAACCAGCAGCACCGACAGAGCCGUCGGGUUGGGGCAUCCGCGAGUGGGUCGGGCAACUCCCAAGGAGAAAGAAGCAGGCUUACGGGCGGGUCCCGGGAACCGAGGGACAGGCCAUUCCGGCAGGUCUGUGAGGAAGGUCGGCGGCCCCAACGGGAGCCAGUCAGUUUUAAGGAAAAGUGGAAAUCACUCCUGACUAUACUGCAUAGCAAAAUUUAGUGAUUUCCUAUACUGCAAAUCAUGGCACUACCAUUCCGGAAGGACUUAGAAAAGUACAAGGAUCUAGAUGAAGAUGAGCUCCUUGGGAAUCUAUCAGAAACAGAACUGAAACAACUGGAGACUGUUCUGGAUGACCUUGACCCUGAGAAUGCCCUUCUGCCUGCAGGGUUCCGGCAGAAGAACCAGACGUCAAAGUCCGCCACAGGGCCAUUUGAUAGAGAACACCUCCUUUCAUACCUGGAAAAGGAAGCAUUGGAGCAUAAGGACAGGGAAGACUAUGUGCCCUACACUGGAGAAAAAAAAGGGAAAAUAUUUAUCCCCAAACAGAAACCUAUGCAGACUUUCACAGAAGAAAAAAUAUCUCUUGAUCCGGAAUUAGAAGAAGCUUUGACAAGUGCUUCUGAUACAGAAUUGUGUGAUCUUGCAGCUAUUCUUGGGAUGCACAACUUGAUAACGAAUGCCCAGUUAUGUAAUAUAGUGGGAAGCAGUAAUGGUGUCGACCAAGAACAUUUUUCAAAUGUGGUAAAAGGUGAAAAGAUUCUUCCAGUAUUUGAUGAGCCACCAAAUCCAACCAAUGUUGAAGAGAGUUUAAAGAGAAUUAAAGAAAAUGAUGUUCAUCUUGUUGAAGUUAAUUUGAAUAAUAUAAAGAAUAUCCCAGUUCCAACUCUAAAAGAUUUUGCAAAAGCUUUGGAAACCAACACACACGUGAAGCAUUUCAGUCUUGCAGCCACGCGGAGCAAUGACCCCGUCGCUGUUGCUUUUGCUGAUAUGCUGAGAGUGAACAAAAAUUUGAAGAGCUUAAAUAUAGAGUCCAACUUUAUUACAGGUGUUGGGAUUCUAGCCCUGAUUGAUGCUCUAAGAGAUAAUGAAACCCUGUCAGAGCUCAAGAUUGACAAUCAGAGGCAGCAGUUGGGAACAGCUGUAGAACUGGAAAUGGCCAAGAUGCUUGAGGAAAAUACAAAUAUCCUUAAAUUUGGAUAUCAGUUUACACAGCAGGGACCCCGAACCAGGGCAGCUAAUGCUAUAACAAAAAACAAUGACUUGGUUCGCAAAAGACGAGUCGAAGGAGACCACCCCUAAGUCCACCAAGAUCCAAUCUUUGGGAGACUUGAAGAGGUCACUAGGAGCUUAUGGUGGUGUCAGAUGUAAGAUUUUCCUGGGUAGAAGGGAAGAGACUGGAAAUCUUUUUUUUUUUUUUUUUAAACUACAUGUAUCUUUUUUCUAGUUUAUGUUGUUAACAGUUUCAAAUUAUAAAAUCAAUAGUUGGUGGUAUUUUGUAUUUUAUAACAUUUCUUCUUUUCUGCUAAAAUCAAUUUUAAUUUAGCUUAAUUAAAUGGAUCGUGAGGAGUCAUGAGUUAAAAAGUACAUUUGUGAAAGAAGUUUAGGAAAUCAUUUAUAUAGAAUACUAUGAACGGUUUAAGGACCAAUCUUUUUUAAAUCAUAAAGGGACCUAAUAGAAGAAUUGCCUUUGCACCUGUUAGGUACAAGACCCUCAUCAGAGCUUUCUUUCCUUAUCCCAUCGCAUGGAGCCCUUUCCCUGUUUUAGAAUACAUGAACUUGACAAGAGUGUGCUUUCUGUUUCUACCAAGAAAGCAAAAUGCCAGAAUUUUAAACAGAGGACUCAAAACCUGGUCCUCUGUUCAGGAGUACAAGCCCAUCUCUGGGAGAGACAAAGGGGUCUCCUGCCUCCUGCCUCUUGCAGGUCACCACGCUCGCCUGAUGGGUGUAAGCCGGCAACAUCUAGACUUAUUUAUAACACAGUCACCAGCUUGGCCGGGUUACGUACUUUGUUUUAAAGUAGAGUGUGUCUAAAUUCAUUAUAGUUUUUUAUUUUAAUUGGGAUAAUUAAAUUUUUGUGUAAUUUGAAAUGUUGUGAAAGCUCAUAGUCAUCUAACUAGGCAAGCUGUUUUCUGCUCUGUAAAAGACAUAGAGCCAGCUCUUGGUUAUUUAAGAAAAAAGAAGGCUGUUACUAAACACGUGAAAUCAAAGAUGAUAAAGGUGAUGGAAUCUGCGUCUGAGGCGCAUGCAAAAAGGUCACUGAAACCGAUGAUUACUCUAAAGUAAGGGAGCAUCUGGCCUGAGCAGGCAUCAGCUGUCGCACUGCAUUGUGAGAAAUCGUGCGUGCUCCGCAGGAUUGCAGAGAUGGUCAUGACUCACCUCGUGAUGCUUGCUAUGACCCAGUAAGGGAAACUGUCCUUCAUAAAGCUAAUGUUUAUUACCUUUCAUUGUAUACUGUUUUGUCCACAUUGUGUAAAAGUAAUCUCUCAUGAGAAGAGUUUCUUCCUACUGCCCAUGGUCACAGCGUUCAAAUGAUCACGUGAACAGUGUACUCGUGUAGGCUGCCUCCUGCCCAGGCGGAGAGACAGGGGAUUCGGACCUGGAUUCCGGCUCUGUUUCAGGGCUGCCCCUGGAGCAAAAGACGGCAGAGCCAUCCCAGCUACAAGAGACAGGCAGGAAGAAAUCGGGAGUAUCCUGACCACCAGAAUUCAGGCCUGGCUGGAUCAUUUACAGGGAAUAAAGGGAAGAAUCCCAUUUAAGAGUGGGGGAUAGGUAGGUUGAUUCUUUAAAGAACGGUUUUUGAAAUUGAGUUAUAAAAUGUCACCCCUUUGACUUGGGCUGGACGGUUUAAUGAGCCAGGCAGCAUCUUGUGUACUCGCUGAUAAGCCUUCUCGAUGGGUGAAUGCUUCCCUCGUAAUAAUUGGUUGUCUUUAUUUUUUUGAGUCAGUAUUCAGUGUUUCAAAGGGGCCAAAGAUUGACUUUGCACUAUUCCCUUUAAGUUAGAAACCACUGAUACUCUUUUUUGAAGUUAGCAAGUAUUUCUGUCUCUUCAUAUACAGCUUUGGAGAUGUACUUGAUUCUAGAGACUGCUCACCUGCCACAGGGUGGGGAGCGAGCACGCAGCAAGGGUCCCCACUACGCUAACAGCAAGGCCUCCUUGCUUGCACUGUCCUUAAGUCGGUGAAUUGAGAAGUAUGUUACCCCUUCUACCACAUGUUGUUUAAAUAUAGGUUGGUGGGGCCCUACCCAGUAUGUAUAUUGUACUUAUCAGUAAUAUCUUUUUCAUUUAUGACUUACCGAAGUAUGAAGCAGUGUUUUGCUUGUACCAUAACAGUUCGUUAUAAAGUUAAAGAAAACAUUUUUUCAUAAUUAUCUUUAAAGAUGACCAUUCAUCCAAUUGAAUACAGAAAAUCAAGAAUUAUAAGGGAGAAAACUGAUGUUUACUUUGAUCUUUAAGAUUCUGGCACCUCUUAACCAUUUAGUAACUUACAGUAUUUCUACAUAGCUUGAAAAUUUUGUAAUAUGGGGCACCUGGGUGGCUCAGUGGGUUAAAGCCUCUGCCUUUGGCUCAGGUCAUGAUCUCAGG